GCAAUCCGCAUCGCCGACGUUAGCAUUCCAAGUGAAAACAUAGCGGCAACUGCAAGCCGCUUCAACAGAGCCGGGGACGGCAGAAACAGCAAGCUGAAGCAGCGCCGCCACAGCCGUCGCCGGAAUGUCCUCGCUGGUACGCAGAACAAGGGCGACGCUCUGUCUCCAAUUUGCCACAAAAUCAAUCCGCUCGUAUCUUCAUCGUCCGACUCGCCAUUUCGGCAGCCGAGUCGUUCCGCGUCAUGAGGCAGCCACUGCUGGUCUCUACGGGUUUCACCACUUGAAAACUGCGGCAGGCUUUCGGCGUUUCGUCGACGACGCCAUUGAAAGGUGUGCGGAGUUAGUUGAUCAUAUCUCCACAAUGCCUUCGUCAGCUGAAAUUAUCAGCGCCAUGGAUGAAAUCUCUGAUGCUGUGUGUCGGGUUGUGGACUCUGCGGAACUUUGUCGAAAUACCCAUCCAGACAGAGAGUUUGUUGAGGAGGCUAGCAAUGCAGCAAUGAGGCUUAAUGAAUAUCUACAUUACCUUAAUACGAAUCAUACCCUCUAUGCUGCGGUGAAAAAGGCUGAGCAAGAUGGACAUUUGCUUUCCAAGGAGGCUCACAGAGCUGCCCACCACCUAAGGAUUGAUUUUGAAAAGGGUGGAAUCCAUCUCCCGCCUGAUAAGUUGGACAGGCUAAACCAGCUGAAUAUAGACAUCUUCAAACUAUCACGGGAAUUUGGUGAAAACAUAAGUAGUGACCCCGGACAUGUCGACAUUUUCCCUGCAUCUCGCAUCCCGAGACAGAUACACCAUCUCCUUACUCCCAUUCACCAUCUCAAAUCUGGUAGUUCAAGUGGAUUACCUGGGCCUUGGAGAAAUGUGAAAGAAAAAGGAUUCCGAAUCACGACUGAACAACGCACUCUAGCUUCUGUUCUUCAAUGGACUGCUGAUGAGGAGGUGAGGAAGAUGGCUUAUAUCAAGGGGAACUCUGUCCCCCAUGCAAACCUCGGAGUUCUUGAAAAGCUUAUUACUGCACGCCACGAACUUGCUCAGAUAAUGGAUUGUACAUCUUAUGCUGAAUUUAUUGUCAAACAAAACUUGGCUUCUUCACCUGAAGUUGUCACAUCUUUUCUUCGUGAUAUGAGUAUGAUGGUUAGACCAAAGGCUGAUCAGGAGUUUGACAAAAUUAAGAACUUCAAGCUAGAAAAAAGUAGUGAAAAUACUGUUGACUUGUACCCAUGGGAUGAGGCAUAUUACACUGGUAUCAUGAAGUCUUCGAUGCAUGAUUUGGAUUCUUCAAUGGUAUCUUCAUAUUUCUCACUGCCAAACUGUAUUGAAGGUCUAAAAACGCUGGUUAAGUCAUUAUUCGGUGCAACAUUUCAUGAAGUCGCAAUGGCACAAGGUGAAUCGUGGCAUCCAGAUGUCCUUAAAAUGGUUCUUCAUCACCCUGAUGAGGGUGACUUGGGGUAUCUAUACCUUGAUUUAUACUCGAGGAAGGGAAAAUAUCCAGGAUGUGCCAACUUUUCGAUAAGAGGAGGGCGACGCAUUUCUGAAUCAGAAUACCAGUUGCCCGUUGUGGCCCUUGUCUGCAAUUUUUUAGGUUCACGUGAUUCGUCCAUUGUGAGGCUUAAUCACUCGGAGUUAGAAACUCUUUUUCACGAGUUUGGCCAUUCCCUCCAUUCACUGCUGUCAAGAACAGAUUACCAACAUUUUGCUGGCACAAGGGUGGUCCUUGACUUUGCUGAGACGCCAUCCAACCUUUUCGAGUAUUUCGCCUGGGACUACAGAGUCUUGAAGACAUUUGCAAAGCACUACGCCACUGGUGAAGUUAUACCGGAGCAAUUGGUGGAGUCAUUGCUAGGUGCCAGGGACAUGUUUGCUGCUACUGAACUUCAACGCCAGGUUUUCUAUUCACUGGUUGAUCAAACUCUAUUCGGAGAACAAACAGCCCCACUCAGCGACACAAGCUCUGUUGUUGCAGAUCUUAAGAGACAGUUUACUAGUUGGAAGCACGUUGAGGGCACACAUUGGGAGGCCAGAUUCAGUCAUCUCCUAAACUACGGUGCAGGUUAUUACAGCUACCUGUAUGCAAGAUGCUUCGCAGCAACCAUAUGGAAAAAGGUGUGCCAAGAGGACCCUCUGUCACUAGCCACCGGGACCACGAUCAGAACCAAACUAUUGCAGCAUGGUGGAGCGAAGGAUGCGGCUGAGAUACUACAUGAUCUCGUUGGAGAUGGAGUUCUGAAGCAUCAUGGCGGAGGCAUAGUUCCUGACACGUCAAGUUUCCUCGAAGAACUUAAGCUGGUGGAGAGGUGAAAAAAAGAAAUACAGUAGCAGAGAACGUGAAAACGGAUGAGGCAAUCUAAUGAGGGAACGUCUCUUCCUUCUUUGCAUUGGACCAAGUGGCUGUCUACUCUUCCAUGGUCGUGGCCCCAGAGUUAUUUAUGUAUGAGCUCGCGGCAAAUUGUUGUGGUGGCAGGGAAGAGAUUUGAGAAAGUUGUUCUUAACUGGUUUUUCUCUCCACUGGAGUCGUCAUCAGCUGACAAGAAUCACAGUAGCAGCAGAGAACAGCAAAGGAACGAUUGAUUUUUCAAGAUGUGCAUGUAACAGACAUAGUGGCUCAUGAAUUCCGACGACAGGUGUAAUUACGUCGUUAUAGCUUUUCUGCCAAUGAUCUUGCUGACUGCCAGUAUAACAGGCUUGUUUUUCUGCACUUUAUGUAUGCAUCUGAUGGCAAACGUUCCUAAGUUUUGAUGGACUAGCAGUAUACAGCUGAUCAUGUAACUUUUA